CGCCCACGAGUUAAAACCAAAGCGCUAAAUUCGUGUUCUGGGAGGAGUCAGAGAGGAAUUUCUGAAUGUACCGACAGCGCUAAAAUAUCACUUCGAAUACCAUUUCAAUUGAUUAUCAGCUGUAGAGCGCGAGAAUAGUAAAUACAAAGUAAACCGAAGUUGUAUUAGAGAGGUGUCUCUUCCUCCACCACACUGAGGUCUGCGCUACAAGCGGCGAGAAGGAACGGCGAGAUUAGGGCAGUAGUUUGGGGUCUCUGUAAUGUUUUAGCUGACGCUUGAAGCUCUGGAUUCGGAUCAGAUCUACAGGUCCGCCUGUUUUAAAAUCUGCAUUCAUUCACGCCAGUCUUACAACCAUCAUACUGUACCUCGUUGCAUCUUUGUGGAGCACAGGACAACGAAGGACUACGCGUGCUUUGUGGGGUUUCGAGAGCUAAUAGGAACAGGAGGGGUGAGAGCAGAGAAACACCAUCCUUUGACCUGAACCCUGAACUACAUCCAAGAACUCAUGGGACAAUCCACUGGAGCAACCUGGAGUUAAGUGCCUUGCUCAAGGACACAAUGGUGAUGGCUGUGGGGAUUGAACCAACAACCUUCUGAUUACCAGUUAUGUGCCCACUACGCCACCACCACUCACAUGGUUAUGUGGCACUUUUCAUGAAUAAGGUACAGAUUAGGGCCUGAUUGUUUUGCCUAUUUUUUUAAGCAAAGGUCAUUGAUAAUCUUUAGAAAAUGCUGAUCGUCAACUUCAGGAAGGCAAACUAAAUAUUAUAUAAGCUGAUUUAAUUUCUAUUGAUUUAAUUUUUUAUUAUUAUAUUUUUUUUUUUUUUUUUUUUUUUAGGUUUGACAUUUUGUAACUCUGUUACCAAAAUUUGGGAUGUAAGUUUAAACCCCCUAUUUGUGUGAUUUUGUUAUUGAUUUGCUAUGAACAUAAAAUAAACAUCAACAUUUAAUAUAUACAAUGUAUAAAAAAUAAAAAAUAAACUACACCAGCAUGGUGUUAGACUAAAUUAAGAUAUUGUCACGUUUUCAUUUCACGUUUUUUGUUCAUGUCUUUUAUUUUGAAAAAUAAGUUCCUUGUUCCUGUCAUGUGAUUUCCUGUUCCUGACAUGUUUUCAUGUGUUUUGUUCUUUUGGUUCUUUGUCAUGUUACUGUCUUGUGACCUUCUUGUUCCACUAUAUUUAUUAGUGCUGUCUCCUCAUGUUUGCCAUUGUCUGUUGUCAAGAAUUGUAAUGUAACGUUGUGUCAAGUCAAGUCGUUUAUGUUUGUUUUGUUUUGGAUUCUCGUUUUUGGAUAUCACUCAUGUAAAUAAACUGCACUUGGGUUCUCACACUUCAUCAUCUUCGUCUGCUCCUGUGUCUUCAGCCUGCCUACACGUUACAGAAUACUUGACCACCGCAAAAUGAACCCUACAGAUCAGUUACUACAUCUACGCCAAGGAAACCUUUCCAUUGAAGAAAAUGUGGAGGACUUCUGUGCUCUGGCCAACAAGAUUGGUUUUAAUGAGAUCGCCCUGAAAUACAUUUUCCUUGCAGGCUUGAAUGAGCCGGUCUUCUUGAUGCUUGGUGGUCGGAUUACCUUCAGUCUGGCUCAAUACAUUGACUUUGCCAUGCAGAUGAGUGGUUCAUCUUUCACUGUAGGAGAGGCUGAUGAGGAACUAUGCACUCCCCGUCAUGGCCGCCAAGCCAGAGUCCCAUCCGUCCCAGAGCCAGCAUUGCAAGCCUCAGCGGCCACAUCAUGCCAUGUUGCCAUGCCUGCCAUUCCUACCUUGUCAUGCCAUGCUUCCAUGUCAUGCCAUGUUGCCACACCUGCCAUUCCUACCUCGUCAUGCUAUGCUGCCAUGUCUAACACAUCAUGCCAUGUUGCCACGCCUGUCAUUCCUGCCUUGUCAUGCCAUGCUGCCAUGUCUGCCACGUCAUGCCAUGUUGCCACACCUGCCAUUCCUACCUCGUCAUGCCAUGCUGCCAUGUCUAACACAUCAUGCCAUGUUACCACGCCUGCAAUUCCUACCUCGUCAUGCCAUGUUCCCACGUCUACCCCUGAGCCUAACACGGCCGUCCGGAAGCAGAAGAAGAGAAGAAGGGCUCCUACUCCCCAGUCUCUGCCCAUGCUCACGACUGCUGAGGUCAUUACCUGGUCUCUGUCAGUGCUCAUGACCAUGGAGGUCGUUCCCCGGUCUCUGCCCGUGCUCAUGACCACGGAGGUCAUUCCCCAGUCUCUGCCAGUGCUCACAACCACUGAGGUCAUUCCCCAGUCUCUGCCAGUGCUCACGACCACGGAGGUCAUUCCCCAGUCUCUGCCCAUGCUCAUGACUGUGGAGGUUGUUCCCCGGUCUCUGUCAGUGCUCACGACCAUGGAGGUCGUUCCCCAGUCUCUGCCAGUGCUCAUGACCAUGGAGGUCGUUCCCCAGUCUCUGCCAGUGCUCACAACCACAGAGGUCGUUCCCCAGUCUCUGCCAGUGCUCACGACCAUGGAGGUCGUUCCCAUGUCUCUGCCCAUGCUCACGACCACGGAGGUCGUUCCCCAGUCUCUGCCAGUGCUCAUGACCACGGAGGUCGUUCCCCUGUCACUGCCCAUGCUCACGACUACAGAGGUCGUUCCCCUGUCUCUGCCCAUGCUCACGAACAUGGAGACUGUUACCCUUCCACUGCCUGUGCUAACAGCCACCAAGACUAUUCCCCUAUUAUGGCCAAUCCCUGAGACUUCCACGGCUCCGCCCCCUGAGCCUCCACCUCCUGACCAUGUCCUGUGGCUGCCUCCCAGGCCUCCUGACCAUGUCCUGUGGCUGCCUCCCAAGCCUCCUGACCAUGUCCUGCAGCCGCUUCCCAGGCCUCCUGACCCUGACCAAGUCCUGUGGUGGCCUCCCAGGCCUCCUGACACUGUCCCUGUCCUGUGGCGGCCUCCUGACCAUGUCCUGUGGCUGUCUCCCAGGUCUCUUGAUCCUGCUCCCUUCCUGGAGCCACCACUCAAACUGCCAGGCCCACUCUCUUCCUGGAAGCCACUUCUCUGGCCACUGGCUCCGCCCUGGUCUCAUGCCCCAUGCCCUGUCUCGCCAGGCCAUGCCUCAUGCCCUGUCUCACCAGGCCACGCCUCAAGGACUCCGCCAAUCCACCCCUUCCCCCCCCCCCCCCCCCCCAGCUCCCUAUUGAACUCUAUUGUGUGUUUAUGUUUGGGCGUCGUAUGUCACUUUUUCAUGUGUUUUUGUUCAUGUCUUUUAUUUUGUUAAGUUCCUUGUUCCUGUCAUGUGAUUUCCUGUUCCUGACAUGUUUUCGUGUGUUUUGUUCUUUUGGUUCCUUGUCAUGUUACUGUCAUGUGGCCCUCUUGUUCCAUUAUGUUUAUUAGUCCUGUCUCUUCAUUGGUCUAUGUUUAAUAGUCUUAUUAUCAGUUCUGAUUUAUCAUUGGUUCUUGUUUUAUUGCCUUGUUAUCAUGUUCAUUAGUUUAGUCUUGUCAUUGGUUGUCUCUGUCUUGUAGUUACCCAUGUUCAUGUAUUUAGCCCUCAUGUUUGCCAUUGUCUGUUAAGUAUUGUGUUAAUGUAAUGUUGCGUCAAGUCGUUUUUGUUUUGGAUUCUCGUUUUUGGAUAAAUCACUCAUGUAAAUAAACUGCACUUGGGUUCUCACACUUCAUUGUCUUCAUCUGUUCCCGUGUCUUCAGCCUGCUGACACAUUACAGAUAUCACUAAAUAAGGACUGGCUAUUUUGGGAACAAAUGUUAAUAUGUUGUUACUGGUAAACUUAUAAGUUAGAAGUUAUUUUUGUUUGAUCAUAUUUUGUCAAAUUCGAGAAAAUAGAAUGGUAUUUUUUUACUUGUCUUACCCAUUUUAUGAGGGAGACAUUUGAUGUGUUUAAAGCUAGCACUUUUCAUACUAUGUUAAUUUCACGUUUGAUUAAAAUUGGUUGAACAUACCAUAUCUAAUAAUUCUCACAACAAAAGCAUGGGAUUUGUGCCUCUACUGCUUGAAGAAAAAAUUAACGGGACACCAAAUUGUACUGCAUUGGUGGAAAGUGCCGGGUAUCACCACCAAAGCCCUUUGGAUUUCACGUUGUCGCAUAAAUGUGCUGCAAUGAGUCUGUAGUUUCACUGCAGAUCUUUCUGUUAUAUGUAGCUAUGUGUGUUUGAUUGAUGAGAGCUGCAGUGCUGUGGGAGUCAUGAGAGAAAUACCCUGUUUAUUCUGCAC